AUGGCAAAGAAGACCUAUGAUUUAUUAUUUAAGUUGUUGCUUAUUGGUGAUUCUGGUGUUGGGAAGACAUGUCUGCUCUUCAGGUUCUCGGAUGAUGCAUUUAAUACCACGUUCAUAUCAACUAUAGGUAUUGACUUCAAGAUCAAGACAGUUGAGCUGGGUGGUAAAAAGAUCAAACUUCAAAUAUGGGACACAGCGGGGCAGGAGCGCUUUCACACCAUCACCACUUCCUACUACAGGGGUUCCAUGGGAAUCAUGCUUGUUUAUGACAUCACAAACCUCAAGAGUUUCGACAACAUCUCCAAGUGGCUGCAGAACAUUGACGAGCAUGCAAACGAGGAUGUGGAGAAGAUGAUCCUAGGCAACAAGUGUGACAUGGAUGACAAGAGACAAGUGCCCACCGCUCGGGCAGAAGCUAUUGCUAAAGAACUCAACAUACCAUUCCUGGAGACUAGUGCUAAAGCCAACAUCAACGUGGAGAAGGCUUUAAUGGGCUUGGCACUAGCCAUACUCAACAAGACACCAAGCAGAAUAUCGGAGCCAACGGGAGUCAAUGUGAGCCAGCAGGAGCCAAGUUCUAAGCGCUGCUGUUGA